ACAGUGACUAGACUUAAAUGUGAACAGUUUGGUCAUAUUUCACAACUUUUCGAAUAACAUAGUUCAGUAUCUGGAUUUUCAAUAGUUAGAGUGUUGUACGUUGACCUUUAAAGGGACAGUUCACCCAAUAAUAACAAUUCUGUCGUCGUUUAUUCACGCUUGUGUCGGUCCAAACCUGAUACAUGACUUUCUUCCUUGUGUGGAACAUAAAAGAAGAUAUUUGAACAACAGCCGACCAUUUUUUUUGACCAAUGACGUUCAGUUACAAAUAAAAAUAUUUUCUCAAAAUAUAUUAGUUUACGGUCCACAGAAGGAAGAAAUUCAUACAGGUUUGUAAAGAAACGAGGGUGAAUAAGUGAUGAUAUCAUUUACAUUUCUGGGUCAUCUAUCCCUUUAAGGAAUAUUUACAAACCCAUUUAUUUUCAUAUGAAUUAUUCAUUUAAAUAAUAAUUUAAUACUUUUAACUCUCUCACACUUUUCUUAACAUAGCAGGCUAUUAAAAUGUAAUGUUAUAAAAUUCACGUGAAAUGAAUGAAAUAUAUAAACAGAAAACUGAAUCUUUAAACAGAAUACAAAUCAUUCACAAGUGUUAUGAUUAGCAUCAGCCAGAUAUUAUACAGCAUGUCUCUACAGGUGGAUAAAAAUGUUUCCACAUGGGUGGAGCACAACAUUAUGUGUCAACAUCUCCAUGGGAAAGCUGUUAAUGGGACUCUAGGGAAAGACAGAGCUAAGGUUGUUAAGAGUUAAGAGCUAUGCUGCUGGAUGAAAUAUAACCCACAAGAUCUUGGACACUCAUAUUAUGAAAGAGGCCAAAAGAUGAAUAGUUGAAUUCUUAAUGUGACUCUUGAACAAUGUUGGGUUUCUAUUUAUUUAAUCAUCUAUAAAUGUGAAAUUAAUUUAAUAUUAGAAUUUCCUGAUGCUUGAACUUGUCCAUUUGUCCUUUUCCUUCAUGGAGCAAUACCACAAUAACAAUGUUUCUCUGUUUUGGCAAGAAUAAAAAUUCCUUAUAAUUAACAUAUUAACUAAAUUCCUUCUACAUUUCUCAGCUGUAUUUAGCGGGUUUCUUUUCCUCACACAAUAGCUCUGAUUGGCUGCUGGGCUUGCCAGAGGUUGAGCAGCUCUACUUCUCAAACAACAGACUCCAUUGUUAUCUCCGGAGCUCUCCGGCUCUUGAUAAGGCUCCCUAGCAAUGCCUGUCCCUCCUCCUCCACCUCCCCCAGCUCCACCUCCUGCACCUCCUGCACAAUCACGGACAGACCCUCCUAAAAUCCAGCGUUCAGAGGUUGGAGGUCGCAGUGCGCUCCUUUCCGACAUUCAGAAAGGGACGAGGCUGAAAAAGGUCACACAGGUCAAUGACCGAAGCACACCAUUCCUUGACAAACCUAAAGUGAACAGUGUGGAUGGCAGUGGAAGAAAUGUGGCUGCUGGAAACUCUACAAACGCAGUAGGAUCUGCUCCAUCUUCAGUGGGUCCAACUCUGGGUGGACUUUUUGCUGGGGGAUUUCCUGUACUCAAACCAGUCGGACAAAGAGACAAGCAGCCACAACACAACAUGGUGUCUCGCUCCGGCUCCACCGCCAGCCUGAAGCAGCCUCUCUGGAACCCUCCAUCACAGGGAGAUGGGUUCAGAGGAAGCGCCCCUGAUCUUUCCCCCUCCCACAAACCUUUGGAAAGAGCCUCCUCACUGUCUAAAACUCGGCCCAUUUCCUCAUACACAGCCUCUCCCUCCCCAAGCCAAACUUCACAUCCAUGUUUCAAACUUUCAUCUACUCCACCUUCCUCUGCCCCUCCACCUCCUCCUCCUCAGGAGCGGCCCAGUAACAGACCACCUCCUCUCCCCACCUGCCCACCCCCACCCCCUCCUCCUCAAACGGCCAAACCCACUUGGUUACCGGUUCAAUCACACUCCAUUCCCAUGCCUACGACUCCGCCUCCUCCACUGCCUCCCUCAGUUCCUGCGUACUCACUUCCUGACAGAUCAUCUGGGGUCUUCUACCCUCCGCCUCCUCCACCUCCUCCAUCAGUCCCUCCAUCCUCUCUUCCUGAUAGGUCAUCUGGGGUCUUCUACCCUCCACCUCCUCCUCCACCACCUCCGUCCUCAUUCUCUAACAGAUCAUCUGGAGUCUUCCCUCCACCCCCUUCUCCGGGGCCAUUAGAAAUGAAGGAUAGUCCUUUAGGGCCUCCUCCCCCACCUCCUCCUCCUCUUCCUGCUUCGUUUGCAUGCAGUCACCCCUCCUCAGCACCGCCUCCGCUACCUCAGAAAGUACCUCCCAUGCCUUCACCCACAUACAGGCCCUGCGUACCACCUUUGCCACCGUCUUACCCCUGUACCGCCCCCAGUAGACGACCCCCUGCAGUGCCACGUUUUGCAGGUGCUCCACGGAUGGCUCCACCCCCUGCUCCCCCUGCUCGGUCUCCUAACACUGAACUCUCCAGUAGGAUCCCACCCCCUCCUCCUCUCCCACUGUCAGCUCCACCCAGCACAGUACGCAAUGGACACCUGCACAGCUUAGAUGACUUUGAAUCUAAGUUUCACUUCCAUCCUAUUGAGGACUUCCCCCCUCCUGAAGAGUUCAGGCCCUUCCCACGUACCUACCCCAGCAAGGAGAACAGAGUCAACCCACAACCUCCUGCCAUGAGGACUCAUUUAAGAUGAAGUUUGGUGCUAACCUUCUGCAGGACAUAUUUUAAGCCUCAAUCUCAUUGUCAGUGAAGAACAGCAGCCAAAUCUGUAGAUCAAAUUAUCACAACUGCAUUAUCUGUGAAAACAUUCAAGUUUGAUGUAAAACU